AUGGAUCUGAUGGACUAUUCAAGCAAGGUUGUGGACCAGGUCACUCGCCAGGCAGUAGGAAAGUUUUGGUACGGCGACCGCGCAUCUGCAAUGAAGUACAUUACAGCGUACUUCCCAUCAUGGAUACUGGAUAGUUUUGUCCUGAAACACACUGGCUUGGAUGUAAUCGCCUCUGAGCAGCAGAAGGCCUUGUGA